GCCCCUCCCCUCCCGUCUUGCCGCUUCUUUGAGCGGAAGUUGGAUCAUUGAAGCGCCAAAAAAGAAUUUAGGGGAACACCUGAUUUUCGCUUGAGGCACGAUUGCGGCGCUGUACGCUACAGAUACUUUCUGGAAGCUGCGGUGGGGAAACUGAGUUUCCCGAGCCGUUGAGAAAGAUGGGAUUCAGCACCGCGCGGGGACCACAGGAAAGCUGAGGCUCAAGAGAACCGCGGACUUGGCAGGAGCCGCCUGAGGAGCUUAGAUCUCGGAGACUCUUAGUCCCGUUGUGCUUCUCUACGGGACGAGGGGAGGGAGAAUCCGGCCGGACAGAUCUGCGCGUAUCCUGGAGCCGGCCCAGUUGUGAACUAGAAGUUUGGGACCUCUGUCCCAAGCAAGAGAGAUGAAUAGAGAGUAUAGAGGCAGAGGAUUUGGACGAGGAAGAUUUCAAAGCUGGAAAAGAGGAAAAGGUGGCGGGAACUUCUCAGGAAAAUGGAGAGAAAGAGGACACAGACCUGAUCUGAGUAAAACCACAGGAAAACAUACUUCUGAACAAACCCCACAGUCUUUGCUUUCAACAAAGACCCCACAGUCAAUGCAGUCAACAUUGGAUCAGCUCAUACCAUAUAAAGGCUGGAAGCUUUAUUUCUCUGAAGUUUACAGUGAUAGCUCUCCUUUGAUUGAGAAGAUUCAAGCAUUUGAAAAAUUUUUCACAAGGCAUAUUUAUUUGUAUGACAAGGAUGAAAUAGAAAGAAAGGGAAGUAUUUUGGUGGAUUUUAAAGAACUGAUAAAAGACGAUGAAGUAACUAACUUGAUACCAGAUACAGCAAAUGAACUAAGAGAUGCACCUGAGAAAACUUUGGCUUGCAUGGGUUUGGCAAUACAUCAGGUAUUAACUAAGGACCUUGAAAGGCAUGCAGCUGAGUUACAAGCCCAGGAAGGAUUGUCUAGUGAUGGAGAAACAAUGGUAAAUGUGCCACAUAUUCAUGCAAGGGUGUACAACUAUGAGCCUUUGACACAGCUCAAGAAUGUCCGAGCAAAUUACUAUGGAAAAUACAUUGCUCUAAGAGGGACAGUGGUUCGUGUCAGUAAUAUAAAGCCUCUUUGCACCAAGAUGGCUUUUCUUUGUGCUGCAUGUGGAGAAGUUCAGAGUUUUCCUCUUCCAGAUGGAAAAUACAGUCUUCCCACAAAGUGUCCUGUGCCUGCAUGUCGAGGCAGGUCAUUUACUGCUCUCCGCAGCUCUCCUCUCACAGUUACAAUGGACUGGCAGUCAAUCAAAAUUCAGGAGUUGAUGUCUGAUGAUCAGAGAGAAGCAGGUCGGAUUCCACGAACAAUAGAAUGUGAGCUUGUUCACGAUCUUGUGGAUAGCUGUGUCCCGGGAGACACAGUGACUGUUACUGGAAUUGUCAAAGUCUCAAAUGCAGAAGAAGGUUCUCGAAAUAAGAAUGACAAGUGUAUGUUCCUUUUGUACAUUGAAGCAAAUUCUAUUAGUAACAGCAAAGGACAGAAAACAAAGAGUUCUGAGGAUGGGUGUAAGCAUGGAAUGUUGAUGGAGUUCUCACUUAAAGACCUUUAUGCCAUCCAAGAGAUUCAAGCUGAAGAAAACCUGUUUAAACUCAUUGUCAACUCGCUUUGCCCUGUCAUUUUUGGUCAUGAAGCAGCAUGCAAUGUUGCUCCACGUGGCGUGUAUGUUUGUGGUAACACCACGACGACCUCUGGUCUGACGGUAACUCUUUCAAAAGAUAGUUCCUCUGGAGAUUUUGCUUUGGAAGCUGGUGCCCUGGUACUUGGUGAUCAAGGUAUUUGUGGAAUCGAUGAAUUUGAUAAGAUGGGGAAUCAACAUCAAGCCUUGUUGGAAGCCAUGGAGCAGCAAAGUAUUAGUCUGGCUAAGGCUGGUGUGGUUUGUAGCCUUCCUGCAAGAACUUCCAUUAUUGCUGCUGCAAAUCCAGUUGGAGGACAUUACAAUAAAGCCAAAACAGUUUCUGAGAAUUUAAAAAUGGGGAGUGCACUACUAUCCAGAUUUGAUUUGGUCUUUAUCCUGUUAGAUACUCCAAAUGAGCAUCAUGAUCACUUACUCUCUGAACAUGUGAUUGCAAUAAGAGCUGGAAAGCAGAGAACCAUUAGCAGUGUCACAGUAGCUCGUACGAAUAGUCAAGAUUCAAAUACUUUGGUACUUGAAGUAGUUUCUGAGAAACCAUUAUCAGAAAGACUAAAGGUGGUUCCUGGAGAAACAAUAGAUCCCAUUCCCCACCAGCUAUUGAGAAAGUACAUUGGCUAUGCUCGACAGUAUGUGUACCCAAGGCUAUCCAAAGAAGCUGCUCAAGUUCUUCAAGAUUUUUACCUUGAGCUCCGGAAACAGAGCCAGAGGUUAAAUAGCUCACCAAUCACUACCAGGCAGCUGGAAUCUUUGAUUCGUCUGACAGAGGCACGAGCAAGGUUGGAAUUGAGAGAGGAAGCAACCAAAGAAGAUGCUGAGGAUAUAGUGGAAAUUAUGAAAUAUAGCAUGCUAGGAACUUACUCUGAUGAAUUUGGGAACCUAGAUUUUGAGCGAUCCCAGCAUGGUUCUGGAAUGAGCAACAGGUCAACAGCAAAAAGAUUUAUUUCUGCUCUCAACAACAUUGCUGAAAGAACUUAUAAUAAUAUAUUUCAAUUUCAUCAACUUCGGCAGAUUGCCAAAGAACUAAACAUUCAGGUUGCUGAUUUUGAAAACUUUAUUGGAUCACUAAAUGACCAGGGUUACCUCUUGAAAAAAGGCCCAAAAGUUUACCAGCUUCAAACUAUGUAAAAGGACUUCACCAAGUUAGGGCCUUCUGGGUUUAUUAGCAUAUUAAAGCCAUCUCAGUGAAAAUAUGUGUGCGCGCACAGACACACACACACACACACACACACACACACUCAAAUACUGUUCUCUGAAAAAUGAUGUCCCAAAAGUAUUAUAAGAAAAAAGCGUUAAAUAUAAUAAACUAAUUUAAGAAGUGAUAAAGUCUCCAGAUGCAGUAGCUCACACUGUAAUCACAGCGAUUCAGGAGGCUGAGGUGAGAGGAUUGCUCGAGACCAGGGUUUGAGACCAACCUUGGGCAACAUAGCAAGACCCCAUUUCUU